AUGAGCAUCUUGGGAAAGCAUACGGCGACCGUCGGAGACCGAUACAAGGUCGUUAAGAGUGGCCUAUCACGUGCGGCGAAGUUGUAUAUCACCCGGCAGCUGCUGCAGGCUGUUGCGUGGCUACAUGCCAAUGGCGUGGCUCACAACGACUUGAAGCUAGAGAAUGUCCUUCUCAGUGCAGAAGGAAAGGCUGUCAUUGCGGAUUUUGGUUUCGCAGUGAAGCUUGGAACCGCAUCAGCCAUUCAGUUCACUGCUCCCUAUUUGGAUCCGCAAACCGCAGAGGCAGUGCUUCAAAAGAAAACGAAAACGACCGCGAGUGAGGAAAGAGAUGCAUGGGCGUUAGCAACUCUCCUGUUUUUGCUUUGGUGUGGAUCGUUUCCAUACGUAUCGGAUGAGCAGGCCGACCUCCCCACCAGCGACUUGCUGAAAUUGCUGGUGACAUUGGGAAAGACAGAAAAGCCAGCGCCGAACUUCCAUCUGUGUAAAGACCUCCCACCUGCGGUGGGACAUCUCGUAACCGCAUUUCUACAGUGGAACAGCGACAAUCGGUCUCGCCCCGGGGAUGUUCUUGACGAUUUCCUUGCUGCUACAGUGUCCGAAGGAGCGAGCGCCUAAGCGAGUGUAUGAAAUGGAAAUCCAUGUUACCCGCAUCCAGGUCUCAGCACCAGCGAUCCCAAAAACAUGCUAUUGCCUCCACCACUCGAUCAACCAACAAGACGGGGCAGUUCGGUUGACUUCAUCAGCUGCGAAAGCGACAGUGUCAGAGCCGCGGGAGGCCGGGCGUCUUCGAUCACGCGGCAACAUUGGCGAAGGUCGACGGCAGACUUAAACCCAUUCUGGCGGUGACACAUGCAUUGGUACUUGUUCUCAAACAGGAGAUGUCUCUGAAGUUCAAGCGUUAAGACGACGCAACACUCGGGGUCCGAUUCUGAAACAUUUACCCAGGCCUGUUGCCCCCAUCAGUAUCUGGUGCCUCACCAGCAAACGUCAAACUGAAGUCGCAGCAUAGAGCCAAUAUGGGACAGUGACGCACGCCAACACUCUGCGAAAACCAGCGUAAUCACAGAACCGCAACUUUCGUACGUUCAUGAUGGAUUCGUAGAGGGGUGGUCGCGUAACUGCAGCUUCACACGUUCUCCCGUCCAUUUUCUCUGGGUGGUGACCCCUGCCCCGCAGCUGGCUAGCUGGUGCUUCCGAGUCAAGAGCGUGUUGAGUCCCUGCUUGGGGUCCUUCAGUUGCUUGUGAUGCUGAAGCCACGCAAAACGACAAACAUGUUAGGGACCAGAAGGCACCAAUUAUACAGAGCAUUUGUUUUGUCAAAGGGCG